AAAAAAAAAAAUCUUUAAAAAAAAAAAAAAAAAUCUCUCAUAUCAAACCUCUAUCACCAGACAUUAAUUACAAAAAUGAACGGCUCACUAGCUCCCAUUGCCAAGAGAUUAGAUGGCAAAGUAGUCUUGAUCACCGGGGCAGCAAGUGGAAUCGGCGAGAGCUCUGCAAGACUCUUUGCUAAACAUGGCGCCAAAGUUGUAAUCGCAGACAUCCAAGACGACUUAGGCCAUUCUGUAUGCAAUGAAAUUGGCUCUGAUUAUGUCCAUUGUAACGUGACAAACGAAACUGAUGUAGAAAACGCUAUAAAAGCAACAGUUUCAAAGUAUGGUAAGCUUGAUAUAGUGUUUAGUAAUGCCGGGACAUCUGGAGAUGAAAGUCCAAGCAUUUUGGAAGUGAUGUAUGAAAAUUACAAGAAAGUUUUUGAUGUGAAUGUGUAUGGAGCUUUCUUGGUAGCCAAACACGCUGCAAGUGCAAUGAUUCCAGAAAGAAAAGGAAGCAUUAUUUUCACUUCAAGUGUUGUGUCAGUCACUCAUGGAAUUGUUCCUCAUUUAUAUGCAGUGUCAAAACAUGCAUUAGUAGGGCUUACCAAGAAUUUAUGUGUGGAAUUAGGGCAAUAUGGGAUUAGGGUUAAUUGUAUUUCGCCUUAUGGGGUGGCGACGCCUUUAUUAAGGGAAGCGUUCGGAGGCAUUGACAAGAAAAAGGUGGAGGAGAUUAUGAGUGCGGCGGCGAACCUAAAGGAUAUUGUUUUGGAGGCUAAUGAUGUGGCUGAGGCAGCAUUGUUUUUGGGUAGUGAUGAGUCAAAGUAUGUUAGUGGUUUGAAUUUAGUUGUUGAUGGAGGUUAUAGUACCACUAACGUGGCUAUUCGAGAGAAAGUUAAAGAAUUCUUUUCUUGAGAGCCCGCCCAACUCAGAUGUCUGUGUUAUAUAUAGCAUAACACCAUCCACUUGAUUAUGUAAUUAUAAAAUUAUAAUAAAUUAGUUAAUUUUCAUAAA